GAAGAAGAAGAAGAAAUUUCUAGAGUGGAUCGUGCCGAUAGAAAACAUUGUAUCUGAAAGCAAACAUAAACAACUCUGAAUGUUCAACACAACUGAGACUUUUAGAAAGGAGCAGAUACUUAUUAAAAAGUGUCACAGACUGUUAGCAGAGCAGCCCAGUUAGCAAGAUAACGCUAACGUUACUCACACAGCUAACCGACUCGUGAGCCCACCGGUGUGUGAAGCUUCAGCAUGUCUGUACACUUCGAGGAGAGGAGCGGGGUGGUCCCCUGUCAGACUCCUUGGGGUUCCUGGUACCAGACCAUGGAGGAGGUUUUCAUUGAAGUCAACGUGCCCCACGGGACAACUGCUAAAGAUGUGAAAUGUCGUUUAGGAACCAGAGACAUAGAGCUGCACGUCAAAGGGACAGAAAUAUUUAAGGGCAAGUUGUUUGACACAACCAUGUCUGACGAAGCUACAUGGACACUUGAGGACAAAUGUCUCAUCCGUAUCAUUCUGAUGAAGACAAACAGAGAGGCAGGGAACUGCUGGUCCUCCCUGCUGGAGGGUGAGUACUGUGCAAAUGCCUGGGUCCAGGACCAGAUGCAGAGAAAGCUUACCUUGGAGAGAUUCCAGCGGGAGAAUCCUGGAUUUGACUUCAGUGGUGCAGAGAUCUCUGGGAACUUUGCAGGCGGAGGUCCAGACUUCUCCAGCUUACAGAAGUGAACAUGUUGAAAGUUAUUAAUGGAGGUGAUACCUCUGCCUAAGGAGAACCACAAUGCAUAAAAAGUGGAUUUAAUCGGAUGAACUGCACUCAGAAGUUGAAAAUACUUGCCUCUUGAAGAACUGAAUAUUUGGGAAGAGUACAAGAUUUACCUGUCUGAUAAACUUACUUUCACAGGAGCCUUUUCAGCUUUUUUUUAAGCUGUAACAGACAUUGAUUUUCAAGAGGACUUGAAAAUUACAUACCUGAAAAAUGGAAAGUUGAGAGGAGCUGUUACUGUUCAAAGAAUCUUCUAAUGUGUGUUGACCCUUACUAAUGAGACAACUGCACAGCAAUAGCUUUUCAAUAAAGUUUUAUUGAAAGGUACAAGUACAUGGGUUAACCAGAUGGUGUAUUCAACUCACCAUUUUCAAUUUGAGAACACGUUUUUGUUUAGCCUCUUAAAGAAACUCAGAGUAGACAGGGAAAUUGGCAAAGAAAAUGCAAUCAAAUUCCAACCCAUGUUUCCACUGCAAUGACCAAUGUUUUUUCAAGACUUCUCUGCAUUUAAUUGAUAACUGAAAUCAGUUAAUAGUCAAUGAAUGCAUGUGCUUCACUCUGUGUACACAAAUCAAGAAUCUGUGAAAACAACUCAUCUUUAACUGUGGAGGGCCUCCAACAGUUGGGUUAGCUUUACAUGACAAGAGCGUCACUAGCCUCACUUAAGCAGAGAAAACCGGAGCUCCC